GCAAAGACUCAUGGUUUCUAUCCAGGAUGAAUGCUUCAAUUUAUAGGAUGACGCUGGCUUGAGACUUGAGUCAACUCAGCAGGUCUUGUGAGACACCUAGCAACCAUCCUCGCCCAACUCCCGACUUUGACCUGAGAAGGCUGAGAUCCGUGACGCUCUAGAAAGGUAUGGUCCCCUGCUGAUCGCGGAUAUUCGCGACAGGGCUUUAGGGCUAGCCGGGGGAUUGAAUGGAAGCAGCGUGAUUGAAUAUUGUCUUGGACAAGGUCUGCUGGUUUUACGGUAUGGCGUUGGCUGGUCUUGGACCGCAACCUGGUGUUGCGUCAAUUCAGUCACAGAUGAUGGAAACAGAUACCAUAAGAUUAAGCGAGCGUCCUUACGGAUCUCCCAUGUGCGACUCGCCGUCGCAAAUCACACCUGCGACCACACCCAAGCCCUCAUCUUUGUUAUCUGGCUCUGGAAAUAGGUGUAUGGCCCCUGCGCAGAAAUUCAUACAAGAAAAGGACUUAAAACGCAACGAACCUCACAAUGCCGAUGCCGACCCUUGGGCGGACGACGACAACUAUCCAGUUGGGGAGAUUACAAUGCUGAAGAGAAGCAAUUGGGUGCGAACAUGCGAGUACACAUAUGUGAAGCAUCCGCAAUGGUGCUAUGUCCGUGUCUAUGUCCUGCCCGACGAUGCUGGGCACAAGUACAUUGACCGUUCAAGCAAGACAUUGAGGGAGGCACUUAAAGUUGUCAUGUCGAAAGUCAAUCGGUCCGUCGAUGCAUGGGAUGGGAUCUUCUUUUCGAAUGAGCAAGUUACCGAUGGCAAUUCCAACGGUACCGGAACCGAGGACGAGUCACUGUGGUACAUAUUCAACACACUGCGAAAUCCCGAGCCGCAAGUUGAAGCAGUGAAAGACCCUUACGCGAGGCUCGCCAUGCGACAAUUACUGUCUGCGGAGGACGCUGGCAACACAGAACUCGAUGCUGGUGUAGCAGGGCUCAAAACUCCGUUGUACCCAUACCAGCGUCGUUCAGCCGCUUUCAUGGUUCAACGUGAAGCGCAGCCAGCCCAGAUGUUGGACCCUCGUCUGCAGUUGUUCAAGGGUCCCAAUGGACUCGACUUGUGGGGCAUUUUAGCGGAGACUAUGGGGUGUGGUAAGACACUGAUCUGCCUCGCUGUCAUCCUUGCAACACGCUGUCACGUCCCUGCCAUACCGCCUCUGUACCGGGAAGGGGAAGUCAAACGUGAGAAAUGUGCGAGCCUUGUCGAGAUGGCGGCGAGAGCUGCUGGCCAGUCUUCGAUGCCAUGGAAGAGCUAUUUUGAUCGCCUCGGCCGUUCUGGAAUGACCUUUGCAAGGUGCAUCAAAGCUUGCGAGGACAAUAGAGGCGCGUAUAAGAUUCCUUCACCCCCUACAAGGCACAGUGGUCGCUCUGGUGUCGCAUAUCCCAGGCCGCCUCCUCAACUUGUGCGGCUUACUUCGGGGACAUUGAUUGUUGUACCUCCCAACUUGGUUGACCACUGGGAAGAACAAAUUGCUCGGCACAGCCAAGGGCUUAAAGUUCUCGUCUUACGAAACAUGUCGAAUGCUACUCCCAGUUCGGAUGAGCUCUUGCAGUAUGACAUUAUUUUGUUUUCAAGAUGGCGUUUCGACCAGGAGGCCGGCGAGGCAGUUAACAACAGACGGGGCGUCUUCAACACAGCGGAGUCCUCACUUUUUAGCCUUCAUUGGCUUCGUAUCAUCAUUGACGAGGGUCACAACGUAGCUGGAUCUAGCCAAACUUCAAGAACGAGAUAUCUCCUGGACAAAUUGCAUAUUGAGCGCCGUUGGAUUGUGUCUGGAACACCGUCCGGUGGACUUUAUGGAGUGGAGGUGAGCUUGGCUUCACACGAAACAAAUACUAGCAGCGACACCGAUCUAUCAGAGGCGACAGAAGCUGUUCUUCAAGGGAAGAGGAAGACAGAGGCGAGAGAUGACCAAGAUCUCAGGAAGUUGAAACCCAUAGUGGUCAACUUUUUUGAUCUGAAGCCAUGGUCGAACCCUCUGGCCAAUGACCAUGCCGAGUGGGCCAAGUACAUGAGACUCGUAGGGAAGGAUGGGAAACGCCGAAAAGUGCAGUCUCUUCGCGCCACGCUUCAGAGCCUCGUCGUACGGCAUCGCAUGGAAGUGAUUCAUAGUGAGAUCACUCUGCCGAAGCUUUACAACAAGGUUGUUUAUUUGGAGCCAACAUUUUAUGACAGGUUAAACCUGAACUUGUUUAUCUUCGUUCUGGCAGUCAACGCAAUAACCUCAGAACGCGAAGGCGAUGACUACAUGUUUCAUACGAAAAACAAGAAGCAUUUGAGGACGCUGAUCAACAAUCUUCGGCAGGCUGGUUUUUGGUGGGCAGGCUCUAAUCUGGAUCUUUCGGCGACCGUGAAGAAUGCUCUGGAAUACCUGGAGAAAAAGAGAGCUCAUAUGAGCAAGGAUGAUAUCACAACCUUGACUGAGGGAAUAGAGAUAGCCGAAAAGGCAUUCUCCAGCGGAGCUUGGAAUGCUUUUAGGCAGCUGAAUGAACUAGGUGUCUACAUUCGCGAUUUCCCUUCUCAUGCUCGAGCUUUGUGGGCACUUGACCCUUCGAAGUCAGACACUGAGCCCCUCCAUAUGGGAAUCUACCAGGCUUGUCGCGCGCAGCAAUUUGUCAAAGAACAUCUGAAAACGGUUGACCCAACCGAAGGCCUCGCUGGAGCGGGCAUCAAAGCCCGCCGUGAGCAAGCGGAGGCUGCAGAGAAGCAAGGCCCUGAGUUAGGCUUUGCAACUUUUCCAAAGUCGAAGAAGGCACCGAAGAAGUCAUUCUCCAAAGGUCUUACGAAGUCACUGCCAGCGGAUUCUCCCCUGGCACAGACCAAGUUGCUUGGUACAACGUCGGCUAAGCUGUCGUAUCUACUUAGUCGCGUUAUGGAGUUGCACACUGAGGAGAAGAUUAUCAUCUUCUACGACAGCACGAAUUCGGGCGUUUGGAUUGCCGAAGGUCUUGAUCUCCUCGGCAUCGAAUACCGCAUGUAUGCGAGUACGCUUAGUCCCGAGCUCCGUACAAAGAGCGAAGAGAUCCGAGUAUUCUUGAUGGACCUGCAUCAAGCAUCUCACGGGCUCCAUAUCGCCAAUGCGUCUCGUCCGAAUGUGGAGAGCCAGGCCAUCAAACGAGCCCAUCGGAUUGGACAGACCCGACCGGUAGACACAUUGGAGGAUAAGAUGUUAAAGCGCCGAAAGGCAAUGUCAGAGAAGGAAAUGCAAGAAGCCGAGAAGGAUCUGCUGGACGACAGCACGAUGAGCUCUAUUAUCCAGAACGAACGGUUCAUUCCAAUCCCCGAAGACGAGGAUUCAGCCCAUGUUGCAUAUCUCUCUAAACCUUCAGGCUUUUUUGACCGCCAUAAACUGGCCAUCCCUGACGAUGAAGGCGACGCGGAGAAGUCUCCUCCGAAGCGCAAACGCCCGUCGUCCAACACCAAGACCCUUUUGGACGCCGAACCAGACAUCCUCACGCCUAAGAAGCGAAAAUCUUCGACCGGUUUGGUGUUCCUUUCUCCGGGGGGUAUCUUGAUGACCCCCAUGACCGGCAUCGACCAGGAAAAAGGCGGAAGCCGUGCAGUAUCUGAGGCAACAAACGGUGUCCAACAGAGCCCUGGGUCCAUAUUUGGGCCUUAGGUGUUUAGCGAACAUUUAGAUUUCACAGUAUGUCAUUUAACGUAUAUUACUUGUGAGCGAGACUGGUUAUGAGAGAGGGGUCCGGACGACCCGCGGGUACAUAUUUUCCUGUUUCUGGUUACUGGUGUUCAUUUGGUGGAUAGAUACCAUGAUUUGCGUUACAAAUUUUUAAUAUAC